AUGGCUAAGGCUGUGGAGGAUGAUGCCGCUCUACUGGCGACGUCGACGCCGUUGCCACUGAUUGACGAUGCGACUUUCGCCCGCUUGGCUCUGCUAUGUCACGCACCUCCCACGGCAUUGAAUAGCCUGGAGCCAGCGUCGCAGCCUCAGUACACAAAUCCGACAUUGCCUAUGAUAGCAGAAGGCCAGAAGAGAGCAGAACACAAAGACAACUAG